AUGGAGGCCCUUCCCAACGCACACUCACACGAUCCUAACCAGAAGCUGCAGGCACACAAGGGGGCAGCACUGCCGCACUCUGUGCAGCAGAAGCAGCAGAAGAAGCAGAAGCAGCACCACAAUCCCAUGGGUCUCCAGCAACAGCAGCAGCAGCCCAUGGGCGAGCGUCUAGAGGCAUUCUAUAGCACGCUGUGCCGCAUGGAAAGCGCAUGGGCUCACCACCGCUCUGCUGCCCUCUCUGCCUCGCCCCGAAAAAAGGACAGUGGGCAGAGUCUUUCCGUUGCUGGCUCGCGGGGCCCUUUUCCCCGCCCCCUCUCUCCCCCUUCUUUCCGCCACCCCCUCUCCCCCUCCGUCCGCCCCCUCUCCCCUUCCGUCCGCCCCCUCACUCACUCCUCCACGUCCCUCCUCUCCUCCUCUCGCUCCGCAUCUAAUCUCCUCCGCUCGACCACCCCCCCUCACACGCCACGCUCUCAGCGCUCCAACCGAAGCAACAGGGACGGCGUUAGUGAUAGAGGCCAUGGCUGGUUGAAGAGCAGCGGUGCUGGGGCAGAUUCGUUUGAGCCUCCGAGCUUCGUCCGCCCGCCCACCCCUCACACUGCUUCGCUUCUCCAAGCCACUGUCGCUGCUGCUGCUUCCACUUCCUCUGCCACUCCUCCUCCUCCUCCUAUUUCUGCUGGCGGUGGUGGUGGUGGUGCUGGUGCUCGUUCUGCUGCUGCUGCUGCUGCUGGUGCUGUUAUUGCCCUUCCUUCUCCUCCAUCUUCUCCCUCUCCUCCCUCCCCUCCCUCACCCCCGACUUUCCACCCUCCUGCGUUCUUCCCUCCUCCAUUAACCCUCCCAUCACCCAAAUCUGCACGACCCGGCCCCUUAACUCCCCCCCCACCUGUCUUUUCCGUGUCCUGGGCUGCAAAGUCAGCUACUGCUACCACUGUUGCUGCGAGAUCAGCUGCCAUUAUUGUUGCUGGUAAACCGGCCCCUAGUGCUGCUCUCGUUACACGCAGCCUAAGCUCCCCCUCUGCUUCCAUGUCACUGGCCGAUGUUGUUUCUUUAACCCAUCAUUCUUCUAACGAGGAUGAGUCUUUACGAGUGGGAGUAGGAGGUAAUGUAAGCAAGUUCGGAGUUGACUCAAAACAGGCAAAGGCUGAGCUGACGGCCUUCCUCCAGACCACCGAUUUCGACGAGCUGGUGGCGUUUCAGGCCAAGAUAGAGUCGCUUCUGCAAGACUUGACUGAUGAGACUCAGGUGCUGCAGCGCUUUGAGGGCUUCCCCAGCAGCAAGCUGGAGCUGCUGGUGCUGCUGACACUGCUAGAGCCAGUGCUACAACGAUUUGAGGGCUUCCCCAGCAGCAAGCUGGAGUUGCUGCGUGCGUCGGCAUCGCUGCACUUGCGCCUCUCCGCCCUCUCCCACGACCUUCAUUCUGCGUUGCCCAUGGGCAACGGAGGGGCAGCAGCUGGUGCUGGUGCUGCAGCGGCGGUGGCAGCCCCGGCGUCAGUGGCGGCGGUGGGAGUGUGUCUGGAUCGGUGCGAGCGGCUGUUUGACCGCGUGCGCAGGGAGGUGGAGGCAGUGGAGAGGAGCAGGGAGGAGGACGCUAAGAAGUUUGCAGCGCAGCGGCUGCCAUACAGCGGUGGCGCCAUCGAGAGGGUGAAGGCGGCGGCAGUGCGCCUCUCCUCCCGCCUCUUGGAGCUCUCAGCUCAGCAGGAGAGCAUGAAGCUGAGAGCAUCAGUGGAGCUGGUGGAUGGGCGCAUUCCCGUGUAUGAUGUGCCUCGGGUCAAGGCAGGCCUGUUUCUCCUCUGGCGCUGCUUCCAGUUCGCAUUCAGAGCAUACAAUUUUGCAGGAGGGCAGGAUGAAACGGCUGAGGAGCUGUCCCUUACAGUGGCCAAGGAGAUGGAGGCGUACCCAGCAUACAUGUGGGGAUGA